AUGGUUGUGGUUCCACAAAACAUCAUCAGAUCCGUCUUGGUGACUCUUCUUCUCUUUCUCAACUUUGGGAGACUAUUUCUUUUGUAUUGCAUCCAACCACGCUGGCGAUGGUAUGAAGUCGAUUUAGCGCUGUGUGCCUUGUCUUGUAGUUCCUUUGCUAUCCUUACUGGGUUGUUCUGGAGCAACAGGUUUCCAGCAUGGAGUCAAGUACUCUUUCGGAUUACACCAAUAUUCCCACCACUACAAGCGUACAUUCGCCUAAUCUUCCAGCAGCGCGAAAACCCACUCACACCUCGAUUACUGCGUUUCAUAUGCCCUUCUUUCUCUGUGACUUCAACUUUGGCGAAAAUAGCAGUCUCCCUCGUUGGAACCUUCCUUUUUGAAUCUGCUCAUCUGGGUAGCCUCUAUAUUCUCUUCGCGGACUACCUUUGUGUAGUUGCAUGGUAUUGGUGGUUAUUUCAACAGUCAACUGCCGGUCGAGUCAAGCUGCGGUGUAUCUCGUGUCAUCUCUCUGCAAUGGCACUUCUAUUGCUUGUGAUUGCCGUCAUUGGUACGUUGGGGAGAUCGUGGAUGAUUGCAUUGGAGGUCGAACUGGUCAUCAUCGCCAUCUGGGCGUCAUCCUUGCAGUCAAUCCCGUGA